AUGCUCCAGAGCCCGUUCUUCCCAGGUCUGCUCAGCAACAUCCUGGCAACAGCAACAGACUCCUCUGGCCCCCCAGCUUCUCCAGAUGUUCCCCAGCCCCCUCGGAAGACCCCGUUUAACAUUGAUGCCAUCCUCUCCAAGCCAGAGCCCCAGAAGAAAGGUGCAGCCUCUGCCAGAUGGUCCUCCAAGCUGCCUCUGGAGUGGCACAGCUGGAUUUACCCAGCCACCUACUCCAUUGGCCUCAUGCCCUACCCAGCCAUGUACCUGGAUAAGCCGGGCUAUGGGGUGCUGCAGCAGAGGGGCUGCCUCGUCUCUUAUCCCAGCUGUAAGCAAGACAGUCUGGAGUUGUCUGGUUGCGUAGGAGCUGUCUCGCUGGGGCCUUCUGUUCCUUGGAGAUCCAGGGGGCCCUGUAAGAUGAAGAGGGUCCGCACAGUCUUCAAACCAGAGCAGCUGGAGCGGCUGGAGCAGGAAUUCCUCAAACAGCAGUACAUGGUGGGCACGGAGCGGGUGGAUCUGGCAGCCACCCUGCACCUCACAGAGACCCAGGUGAAAGUCUGGUUCCAGAACCGGAGGAUCAAAUGGAGAAAGCAAAGCCUGGAGCAGAAGAAAGUGAAGCUGGCGCAGUUUGGAGGGACACAGCCUCUUCCUAUGGACUCGCUGGACCUCGAGAACAACGAGGACGACACGGUGGACGUGGAGGUCUAA